UGCCGGUGGAGGUACCAAGCAAGGUACCGUCUCCGAAAUCCCGUCAGCAAGGCCGGAACGUUGCAGGCGUUUCCGCUUCCACGCUCCUUCUUUGCACCCCUGCUCCGCGUGAACGAUCCGUCGUGCGUCGCGAGCUUGUGCGACGUUUGCUUUGAUUGGAGUGGCGUGCAGUGCGGAAACUCUGCAACGGGUGCACACAUUCCAUCUCGUCGACAAAUCAAUUGCAUUACGCCUUCCCCGGCCGAAUCGGCUAAGGUUUCAGGCGGCAGGCACGGGUGCUUAAGGUGGAAGGGACGGCCCACGUGCCGCACUUCCGAGCCCGCUGGCGGUCUUGCAGUCUCGACUUCAUCCCGAGUCGGACCGUCUCUGGCCAGCACCGGAAAGUCAAUUGAGGAGCAGCAACCUCGACCACCGUCCAUCGACCCCGGCACUUGGCAUUGGCCGUUCAUUCGUGUGAAGACCGCAAGACUCUCUGCCCAUCAUGGCGCACAAACGGGAUAUGCGAAGGGCGGAUCUCAUCGUCCCAUUCCAGGAAACGGAGAAGGAGAAAGACACAGGCGAUCUUGCCAGCACAAUGGGCAACACCCUCCCCAUGGCAGCAAUCUUCACCCGCAACAAAAUGCUCGGCUGGACGGCAAUCAUGUUCGCCCUGCAAGCCUGGAUGUCCGAAACCCCAGCGGCGCGCGCAAAGGCCUCCUCGCCCGCCAUCUUUCAGGUUGGGAUGGCCGCUCUGGCCGUGGUAGUGGGUUAUCUCCCGCUUUUCUUGCCGCCGCAGGGAGGUGGCGCGGUGGGGACUGGGACGGAGCCGCCGGCUGCUGUGCCUUUAUAGUGUAUGUUGAUACUACGGAGCAGGUUACUUCCUGGAGAUGGGUAGAUGCUG